AUGACGAACCUGGGCUACGAAGUCCCUUUUUGGGCGGAUCUUGAUGCUUGUGAACGUGCAGUUGUCAACGAAAAGCCGAGUCCUUUAAGAGUUACGAGGUACAAUGAGAACCUUCAACAAGACAUACGAUAUGCAGAGAAUCGAUACAAUCACAAUAGUAUGAAGUACAGCCAAAGCUUCCAAGGAGAUGGGUCGCUCACAAUUCCCAAGAGACGAAAUGUUGAAGCGCAAACGAUAGCCGCAGGGAAAGAGAAUGUGAGGACGCCUCAAUACAACCAGACAUUGAGCACUCCAAGCAGUCGAAACAUGUAUACGCCCGGGUAUUGGGCACAAUGCAAUAGCCCGCCUCGACUUUUGGGAGUCACGCCUUCGCCUCAGCUAUCAGUCAAGAAAAAAAGACAAGCGCACACACACGUAAGGAUGCAGCCUGAACGGAAUCGCUCGCUGUCACCCUUCUCAAUCAAUACUUUGCCGGCGGCAUACGAGAUGCGACGUCCUGGAAAGGCUCGUCCCCCAUUGACCAACCUAUAUGACCGAGAUUAUAUGCACAAAGAAGAAUCACUGCUUGUAUCUAAUGCAACAGGCUGGAUUGGGUAUCCUUUGCCCCCUGACAACAAUCAGCAACUACCGCCGAUCAACCGCCUCACCACUCUACCACGUCAGAAGACAGUUCCGUGCGUGGCACCAAAUAUCAACAUCACACCGGAAGUAACUGCUAUCGAGGCGGGGUGUAAUAUCUUUUGGGUAGCUAUUGAAGUAUCCGCUACUCCUUGGUGCGCACCAGAAACGAAAAGCCAGCCAGGCGCCCGUUGGGAGCGAUCUGACCUAUUCAUGAAUCUGGCUGGUUUAACUCAGAAAGACCUCGAGUUUGAUAACCGAUCUGAGUCUAGCGGCCUUCAUAAUUUGAAUGUCCAAAUCCUACCAACAGAACAGUCAUCGAUCAUUCGCAUCCUGCAGGAGCAACCUUUUCCCCUUGACCGUCUGGAAUCUGGAUCCAGUAUCUUCCUUCUGGUUAAAGUGAGAGCCCAUGCCGCCAAGGACAUGCAGAAAGAGAGGCGAGAAUGCCCACAACAAGAGAUAGACAAUCUGAUAGAAGCACUUGAACAGGAGCUUGGUGACUCUACCAUAAGCUAUAUGACAGUGAAGUUAUCAUAUCGCCUUUCGGCAUUUCCCGAAUGGCAGGAUGUUGGUAGCGCGAGCGAUGGGAUGUUCAGCACACACAGCAAGAUCGAGACAGUAGUCACGGCCUCUGUGAAACUGCAUAAUGCUAUGUCGCUUUGGUCACCUCCGCCGGCAUUGAAGCCCAACCCAUUGCUUCCUUUGAUCCAGAGACACUAG